AUGGAAAAAGAUCCCAUGGAGUCCAAGGCUCAGCCUUCGUUGUUUGCUGAGUCGCCGCCCCCACCAACCUACGGCGAAACAGAGAUAACCCGUGGAAGUAUAGGUCGACGGAUAUGGGACAGCUUCAAGAGAGACCCAAAUGCCCAUGUCACACAUGGCUCGUCUGGGGCAGAUGGGAAGUCCUUUGACAUCGAACAUGCAGCAGAGCAAACCGCUGCUUCCCCAUUGCAGCGCCGUCUUAAAUCGCGUCAUCUACAGAUGAUUGCAAUCGGUGGUUCUAUUGGCACUGGUCUCUUUGUUGGUUCAGGAAAGGUGCUUGCCGAUGGUGGCCCUGCAUCUCUUCUUAUUGCGUAUGCUCUGGUCGGUUGCAUGCUAUAUUGCACAGUGCAUGCUCUGGGCGAGAUGGCAGUCAUGUUCCCCGUGGCGGGCUCUUUCGCUCACUUUUCAACUCGUUUUGUUGAUCCUGCAUGGGGCUUUGCCAUGGGCUGGAAUUACGCAUUGCAAUGGCUGGUGGUUCUACCCCUGGAAAUUGUGGCCGCGUCAAUCACAGUUGACUACUGGAAACCCGGUGUCUCAAAUGCUGCCUGGGUUGCCAUCUUUUGGGUUGUGAUUGUGUCGAUUAAUCUGUUUGGCGUCAAAGGCUACGGUGAAGCAGAGUUUGUCUUUUCUCUUAUCAAAGUUGUCGCAGUGAUUGGCUUUAUUAUUCUCGGGAUUAUCCUCAACUGCGGUGGGGGCCCUAAAGGUGGAUAUAUCGGUGGGAAAUUUUGGCACAACCCUGGAGCCUUUAACCAUGGGUUCAAAGGUCUUUGUAGUGUAUUUGUCAACGCUGCAUUCGCCUUUGCCGGCACUGAACUGGUUGGUCUGGCUGCAGCCGAGACUGCAAACCCUCGGAAGUCACUCCCGACCGCGACAAAGCAGGUGUUUUGGCGUAUCACUCUCUUCUACAUCGUUUCCCUGACUCUGAUCGGCCUACUGGUUCCGUAUGACAACGAACAACUCCUUAGCGCCACGUCCGACGCCGAUGCCAAGGCGUCCCCAUUUGUGAUCGCCAUCAAGAAUGCUGGAAUUUCCGUGCUUGAUUCGAUCAUGAACGUCGUAAUCAUGAUCGCAGUGUUAUCUGUGGGCAAUUCGUCGGUCUAUGGCUCGUCUCGAACUCUCGCGGCUCUAGCUGAGCAAAGACAAGCGCCUCAGUUCCUGGCAUAUAUCGAUCGCAAGGGUCGCCCUCUCUGGGCCAUUUGCAUCGCCUCGGCGAUUGGUCUACUUUGUUUCUUGGCAGCUUCCGAUGCGCAGGAGACUGCAUUCGAGUGGAUGAUGGCUAUUUCGGGGCUCUCUUCCAUCUUUACUUGGGGCUCGGUCUGUCUGUGCCACAUUCGCUUCCGUCGUGCGUGGAAGGUUCAGGGUCACAGCUUGGAUGAGAUGGCUUUCCGCUCCCAGCCUGGCCUGAUUGGAUCUUGGGUUGGUUUCAUCUUCAAUUGUCUCGUACUUGUGACCCAGUUCUGGGUGGGCUUUUCACCAAUUGGCUAUGGCGAAAUGACUUCAAGCGAGCUAGUCGAAAACUUCUUUUCCAAGUACUUAGCUGCGCCGGUCGUCCUCGCCUGUUAUAUACCGUACAAGAUCUACUACCGGACACCUUUCAUUCGCGCCAAGGAUAUGGACUUGCAGACCGGGCGACGGGAUCUCGAUAUUCAAUAUCUGAUCGAGCAGGAGCGUGCCGAACAAGCAGCGUGGCCGGCAUGGAAGAAGCUCUACAAAAUGUUUUGUUAG